UUCAAGAGAGUUUUGUAUCUCUGCGCUCUGUCGUUGUCGCUUUCACCUUUACUUUUUUUUUUCUUCCCUUUCUAAAUCGACAUCUCUGUCGAGCCUCAUACUGUAUACCAUGAGGACAUUCCAAUCAUCACGAUCGCAAUGGAUGGCCUUCCUCUUUAUGUGUCUGGGCUUGGCAAAUGCCCACACGGUCAUCGUUUAUCCGGGCUAUAGAGGGAACAACUUACAUACAAACGGCACCGUCGAGGAAGCCAACGGUCUCGGGGUGGCUAUGAGCCCCAACGCAACAGACAACAGCUCCUUAAUAUACCCCUAUGGACAACAAUGGAUCUAUCCUUGCGGAGGUAUGCCCACAUCAACGAACCGAACCAAGUGGCCUGUCGGCGGCGGUGCGAUCUCUUUCCAACCUGGCUGGUUCCAGGGUCACGCCACAGCAUUCAUCUACAUCAACUUGGGCAUUGGCACAGUACCCGAGAAUAUGAGCCAUCCCAUGAUCCCACCUUUUCAGAUUAAUGGCCCUUCCAAUGAGCCGUACCCAGGCACAGUUUGCUUGCCACAGGUCCCGUUACCGGCCAACAUCAGUGUGAGUCCAGGCGAUCAUGCUACGAUUCAACUCGUCGAGACGGCUAAACAUGGCGCCGCCUUGUACAAUUGCGUGGACAUCGAAUUCGCGGAACCCGAAGACGUCACCGAGGUCACCCGCGAUAACUGCUUCAACUCGAGUCAUAUCAGCUUCUCACAGAUCUUCGCUGCAACGUCGCUGACGUCGGAUGCUGUUGCACAUGAAGCAACAAGAGGGACGUUUACGACCUUACUACCUGCGGUAUUAGCGGCUGUGAUGGGCGUUAUGAUGAUGUAAAUGCUUAUGUUUAUCUUCCAUCCUCUAAUUGUGCAUGCUUGUUACAUUGACUUCACUCGUACAUACCCAAUAUAGUUACCUUUUUUUUUACGGAUGUCUGGAAACCAGUUUAGUAUAUAGUAUCUGGCAUGACGGAGUUAAUCAAUGUAAAA